GGUCAUGGGGGUGUGAACCAGUUAGGAGGCGUCUUUGUCAAUGGCAGACCCCUACCGGAAGUAGUAAGAAACAGAAUAGUAGAUUUAGCACACCAAGGUGUUCGACCAUGUGAUAUUUCAAGACAACUCCGAGUUUCACAUGGCUGUGUUAGCAAGAUAUUAGGAAGAUAUUAUGAAACCGGUUCCAUUAGACCAGGGGUAAUCGGUGGUUCCAAACCUAAAGUCGCCACACCGAAAGUCGUAGAAGCAAUCACCCACUAUAAGAUAGACAAUCCCACAAUGUUUGCUUGGGAGAUUCGGGACAGAUUAUUAGCUGAAAAUGUGUGUACCCAAGAUAAUGUCCCUAGUGUGAGCUCAAUAAAUCGGUAA